UUAUUAUUAUUAUUAUUAUUUUUUUGUGUCUCUCUUUUAAUUUUAUGGAACCACAAAGGGGAGAAAUAGACCAAUCUUUUUAUUUAUGGAGUGAAAAGCCUACAAGAUCAUCUCUUUUUCUUCCCUCCCAUUUCCCCCAUAUUCUCUCUCUCUCACACAAAAACCCUAAUCAGAAAAGAAGAAGAACAACAAGAACAAGAAGGCCAUACCCAUUUUCUGCAACCCCCAUCAAAAUUCCUCAUUUGUGAGUUUGUUGUUUAUUCUCUCUCCUUUAUGCCCAAUUUUUUCUUUUCCAAACCCAAAACCAAAAAUUAAAACUUUGGCUCUGUCCUUUGCAAAUUGCAGAGAUCACUGCCUAAUUUAUUACUUCUCUACUUCCUUCUCAUCAUAUAUACAUAUCUGCAACUCAGUUAUUUAUUGCAACUUUUGUAAACUUUCUCUCUCUCUCUCUCCUCCUCCAUGGAUUCUAGUGGGAGUAUGCAGUCCUCUAGUGGUGGUGAUGAGGAGUAUGAGUCACGCGCCGACUCCCUUACGGCGGCGUUCAUCACCCACCACGGCGGUUCCCUCGCCGGAAACUUCCACCAUCCUCCCCAAUCCUCCUCUAUGUUUGAUCCUUUGUCUAAUUUAUUCGAUCCACGGCCCUCUAUUGCUAAUUCCAAUCCAAACCCACUUCUCAAUCUCGAUAUGGUUUGGUCUCGGACUGUGAGAUCCGAUCAGAUUCCGCCGGAUCUCGGCGCCCCGGCGCCCAAUUCCUCCGCCGUCAACCACAAUUUGCCCUCACUCUCCAACUUUUCCGCCCCCCAAAAUUUUCCCCACCCACCGGAGGGUACUAAUUCCAUGAGAGGCUCGGGUUUGGGUUCGGAACAAACCGAGCGGGAUAGUGGUGGCGGUGGUGGCGGCGGCGGCAGUGGCGCCAACGUGGUUCGGAGCUCGAAGAAGCGGCCGAGGGCCUCUCGACGAGCUCCGACGACAGUUUUAACAACGGACACUACCAAUUUCCGGGCCAUGGUCCAGGAAUUCACCGGGAUUCCGGCUCCGCCUUUCACAUCGUCGUCGUCGCCGUUCGCGAGAAACACCCGAUUCGAUCUCUUCGGUACCGCCGCCGCCGCGCAGCCUUAUCUUCUACGGCCAUUUGCCCAGAAACCGGCGUUUCUCUCGCCGUCUCCGCCGUCGAAUUUCCUCGCCGGGAAUUUACAAACCCCGGCUUUCGACGGCGGCCAUUUCCACAACAUGUUCCCAUCAAACCCCAAAUUAAUUUCCAAGGCUUCCUCGUCCACUCUCGAGAUUCUGCAGAAUAACGAUCAGAAUCUCAAAAUGGGUAUUUUUGAGGAGUUCGGUCUGAGCACCCAGGGCCUCCCGCCGGCCGGUGAGGCCUUACCGUCGACCACAACUGACGACGACAACAACAACCACAGAAACCCUCCUCCUCCGGCGAGAUGGGUCCCAGGCGACGGCGGAGAAACAGAUCAACAAGCUCUUAAUCUAAGAUCUGGCAACGGAAAUAGUAACGGGAAACUGAUCCGGUACGGCACCGGAAACUCAUCGGAAUUUCUCGGAGAUAAAGCGGCGGAGAAUGUGACGACGGCGAGAAGUGAAGGUAUGGUGGAACCAUGGAUUUGUUCUUCUGAUUAGUUGGAAAAAAAAAAGUCAGAAAAUGGGAAAACGAUGAGAGAGAGUAAUUACGUCGUUAAUUAACCAUCGCCAUUAUCAAACAUAAUCGAAAUUGGAAACACCUCUUUUUUUUCUUUGGUAA